AUGGUCAAACAGGACGCAGAGGUAAUUAAAGAGUUCAACGAUCUCGUAAACAUGUCCGCCAGCGAGCUUGAGAAGUGGCUCAAAUCCUCCGACUCGAUCUCUUCCGGUUGGAAGAACGGCGACUCCGGCGAAACUGUUGGACACAACUCUGGUACUAAAAUCGUCGAUAUUCUCAAACGGAACCCCGACAAGAAGAAGGACAAGUAUACCGAAGAGGAUAUCAAACACAUGCGCAAAGUUGUGAGCUAUAACAAGAGACAUUUGGCACAGGAGAGACAUUUGAAGGAGAAAAAGGGUGAAGAGGAAUUGAAGAAAACCAAGAGCUAUAAGAGUUUGAAGAAUGACCCUUCCUCAUCAUCGUCAUCCACCCAACCCCAGUUUAAAUCAGACGCACCCCUACCCACAGCUCUAAACCUAGGUCGUAUAGGUACAGCCUCCACCACCGCAUCCACCCUAGCCGCAUCCUCCACUACCUCCAGCAGUAGCGCUGCUCAGUCAUCAAAGGCGUAUUUAGAUGGGUUGGAGGAGAGUGUUAAUAAGACGAUCGAUGGCGAGAUUGAGACUUUACUUGGUUCUUAUAAAGAAUUGGUGAUGCUAGCUGGUGUGGCGGACAAAGACAAGCACCGACUAGCUCAAGAAGGAUUUCAAAGUGAAGCUAGGGCUGAUAUUAUGGUUCGAGCAGUGCAGAACCUAACACUGCUGUCCGAAAGUCUCAAACUCUCCCUCCUACUAUCUAAAACCCCCGAUCCAGCACUCAACGAUGAAGCAUUGGAGCUGAUCGAGAGUACCGAGCGGGAAAAGAUGCGUGUUGCAAGCUUGCUAGCAGAGGUCUUGGGAUUGGAUGCGGGCGAGAGUGAGGGGCUGGUGAAGGAUUUAGAUACCGGUUUGGUGGAUAAGCUGGGGGAUACGGAGAUGGAAGAUGAUGAGCUGAUGGAGGAUGUGAGCGCUGGUUGA